UCGAGGGGUUGUCCACCAGUCCGGUUUUUAUAUUUUGCGUAAAAAUCAAAACAGCACCUAUAUUGAAUUAGUAUGCCCGAAGUUAAUGAAAAGAAAUUACCAAUCGCAGUACCGCGGUUUGUGAAUGGCAAAUAUUCGCCAUUGAACCUUUAUAAGGUGGCGUGUGUAGUACGAAAUAAAGUGGUGGACAUUACGAGUGAAAUAUAUAUUGCUUAUCUGUAUUUUCUAUAAUGAAGAUUGCCAUUGAAGGGUGUGCGCACGGCGAAUUGAACAAGAUCUACGAAAGUGUCCAUUACAUCGAGAAGCGUGAAGGCAUAAAAAUCGAUCUCUUAAUCUGCUGCGGUGACUUCCAAUCUGUUCGCAAUCAUGAAGAUAUGAUCAGCAUGGCGGUCCCACCCAAGUACAGGGAGAUGAAAGAUUUCCCAGAUUACUACACUGGCAAGCGAAAAGCCCCUGUGUUAACCCUGUUCAUUGGUGGUAACCACGAAGCCGCCCGAUAUUUAUGGGAACUCCCAUACGGCGGGUGGGUGGCAGAAAAUAUAUUUUACUUAGGCUUUGCUGGGGUUGUAAAUUUUGCAGGGCUAAGAAUUGGAGGUUUAUCUGGCAUCUUUAAACAUAAGGAUUUCUAUAAAGGCCACUUCGAAAUACCGCCUUUUAGCGAAGACACUAAACGCUCCUUCUAUCACGUUCGAAGUUCUGAUGUUGCUAAGCUUAAGUUGUUAGUCGAUGAUCCCUUUGAUAUAUUUCUUAGUCAUGAUUGGCCUAAAAGAAUAUAUCACUAUGGCGAUAGUGAACAGUUGAUUAGGUUCAAACCUUUUUUGAAAGACGAAAUCAAUAGUAAUUCUUUAGGUAGCGAAGCUGCUGAGGAAUUGCUGAAGUCGUUGAAGCCCACCUAUUGGUUCUCUGGACACAUGCAUGCGAAAUUCUCUGCUAUUGUGGAGCAUUCAACUGGAGGAAGAACAAAAUUUUUGGCCUUGGAUAAAUGCUUGCCGAGGCGAAAUUUCCUGCAGAUAAUUGACGUUGAUCAAACUCAACAGGAAGAAAUUCCUAGUCUACGCUACGAUAAACAAUGGGUGUGUGUGUUGCGCGCCACCAAAGACAUUUUUAGCAAAUCCAACAAACAAACUUUUUUAACGGAACUUUCUGAAGAUUAUAAACCCAAUAGCACGAGUAUUGCUGAAGUUGAAGAACUCUGCGAUGGAGACUUCUCCAUUUUACCAUUUUCGAGGUCUGUCGACGGACGGAAUGAACAAACUUCAUUGUUUUGUGAACGAUUUCAACUUUAUAAUCCGUGUUCCACAGAAAGUGCUAUUGUAAACAAUGCUAGUGGUAGCAGCCGUUUUGCUUCGACUAAUCAGCGUAGACUUAGUUUGCCGAAGCCAGUUAAUUUCGAGGAAAGUAAACCGAAACUACAAAGCACCUUAGAUGACGAAGAUGAUUUUAGCGAACUUACAAAUCCGAACAUAUCGUCGAAUCCCGACGAAAUUAACAUCAGCGGCGACGAAACUUCAAGCAGUGACAGUGGCGUAACCAAUGACGACAACAACGAUUGUGACAUGACGAAGGCGUCUUUCAUUGAAACGCCGUAUAAAACGACGGAUGAUUCAACUUCGGUGGAUUGCAAAGAAAGCGGAAUAGCGGAUGUUUCUUCGGGUGAAGGGUGCAGUGAAAGCACUUGUGGUACAGAUGAUAAAGACAGCUGUGGAGAAACUCCAAUCCCGAAAAAAAAGUUUAAAUUAGUCCGUCGAAAUCAGGAGAUCUAUACCCCCUCUGAUGGUAUGGAGUAGCCAACAACUCAACGCUAUGUAUUGAUUAAAACAGCCUCGAAUAGCCACUAAUUUUAACAAGUUUUCUUAUCCGUUUUCCGAGAAAGAUAGAAAUGUCUCUUGCUUGCGCGUAGCCGGGGAGAGAAAAUUUAUUUUCUCACGUCAUAUUGAACACACUCGGUCUACAUCUUUUUGUUACGUGCUAGUUAAACCAUUUGGGCAUGUACCUUGGCUUUCGUAAAGUUUAUAAUUUAGUAUUGACGAUAUAUCGAUUGUUUAACAGCCAGUUUUAUUCUUUUGUAUUUUAACAUAGAUGUUUAUAAGUUUUAACAAUUUUUUACGCUUAACAAAAUAAUAGAGUUAAUAAUAGUAGUCUAGCUAUAUUUAUUUCCACGGAUCCGCCAGUCCUUAAAGUUUCGCCCGUUGUACAAAUCGCCUGAAUCAUUUUAUCCUACAAUUUUGUCCGCCUGUUAGCAUGAAGUAAUAAAACUGCGGAGUUCCGAAGUAAAGCUACAGCGUGACCAUUUUGAACACACAGAAUACGGCUAUUAUUAUCACUACACCAACUUUAACGCCACUGCUUUCAAAAUGGCUGUAUCUCUAUUUCAUAUUUCUUCGUCUGUAAAAAUCUGGUUCUGCGGGGUUUUGCCGGGAUUUUCCGAGAAAGCUGCGCGCAACCAUUUUGAAUACACAGAAUGCAGCUAUUAACAGAUUUCGUGAACCCGUAACUCAAAAUAGCGAAUCGGCUACCGUUUUAAACAAAUUAUAGGUAUUAAUUGCCGCCCUGUAAUGGGCGAAUUUCAGGUUGAUGGGCAUGAAAAACAUUUAAAUGCUAAGCGAGGCCUUGCGUUUCGUGUUAUGCUACCUGAUUACAUGUAAACAAAAUAUAGAUUUUAUUAAGCUCGUAUUUGAAAAAAUUCUAGUAAUUCAUGUAGGGGUAUUUUAUUUUGGUACUGUCUCGUGCAGUCACUUGAGUUUAAUAUUGUCGAAGGACACUGUCAACAGAUGGUAAGAAAGCAGAGAAAAUAGUUUGAUCAUUAAAAUAUCUAUUCUCAGUCGAAUUGUUGUUUUUAAAUGUGCGAGCAUUUUUUAGGUUGUAUGAUAAAGGGGGAAAUUUGGGCUGAAGAAACAUUUGGCGACAAUUGUUGAAUUUGAUAAAAUUCUGCCAAAUUAAAUUCCCAUCGAAAUAAGUUUUAUCCAAAUUCACCAAAUUUUAAAUUGCUGCCAAAAUGAAUCUAAAAAACUUAUUUAUUUCAUUUUACCGUCGUUUUUUAAAGGAUUUUAUAAGAGAUGCUAAAACCAUACCGACCAUAAAGUUAUGUGGUCGGUUGAAUUUAAUAUUCGCUUGAUAAUUACGUAAUUAAGACAGUAUAAGCUACAUGCAGUUGUGGCUUUUUUAUUAACCUUUCGUCCAAAUUUGACAAUGGUAUUUGAUGAUUGUCCAUAUCUUGAUACUUUCAGCUUGAUAUUUGAUUAUCCAUUUCUUUGACUUCCGCUACAAUUAGCUAGCUCUAAUUCUUGUUUGGUUAUCCUUGUUCUAGGUAGCCACAACCAAGCAUAGAUUACAUUGUACAUAUGGUGGUUUUUAGCCUAGAAGGUUGAUUAACAAGUACCUUAGUCCAUGCUCACUGUCUCUGCAGCCACAUAGCUAAUACCUUUUUACCAUCAUCCAACUUUGAUCUUUGUAAAAGUUAAUACCCGUAAGUUGUUCGUACUUGAAACGUUUUAAUAAAGUUAAUAUACCACAGAGAGGACUAGCAGCACCAUUUCAUCACGCUAUUCAAAAGGUAAUAAAAAGCAAAGAAAAGAAAAAACAGAACGUUACACAUUUCUGCCUUUUUCCGUAUGACACAAAUAAUUCUUUGUGAGAAAUUGACCGAGAAACUUGACCGGGCUAUCGAGUCAAACGAAAAUAGAAUAAAAUUUGUCCCUACAAGCGCUUUACUUGUGCCCAGACUGCGCUGUAUGAAAGUCGGUAAUGUUUUUUAAAUGUUUCUUACCUUUUUUCGUUUCUGAACCUCGUGUUUCUUAAAUGAAAAAAGAUUAUGCGGUUUUUUUCACAAACCAUAUAACCGGGGGAGGAAGCAUUCCACCCCUUCCAUACAUUUGUUAGGCUUGAACAUGCGUCAUUAGCAAAUAAGAGUUAUUAAACAAAAAAACCGGCAAUAAAAUUGCUUCGCACUCUUCUUCCUCAAAGACUCUUCUCAUUACAUGUCAGCUUCUCCGACGCUUCCGAGACAAGUACUCACUUGUAAUAGACCCGUCACUUCCUGAAUAUCGAUUCUUAGUAUCCAUUUAAUAGUUUCGCCAAUGAUUAGACUAAGUAUCUCUUCUACUCCGAGAGUCUGUAUUCCCAGAUUAUUUUCGUUGAGAUGGACAAGACUACAUGCAAAAAUACCCCAUGCAAACUUAUCAAUAUACUUACUUAUCAAUAUACGCGCAGAGCCUCUUUCCUUCCUGUUUGCUUUUGUUUGUUACAAGAAUGUUCUAGAAAUUGUCAGCAUCAGAUAGUGCUGACCUUUGUUUCUUUGGCUGAGAUUUUAUAAUAUUCUUAGAAAAUACCAUUAAGAAAUGUUCCGUUAACAGGUUAUUUAUAUAUUCUUGCAAUAAUAAUUUAUUUAUAAUUUUUAUACCUUGACCUUCUGAGCGGUCUGGAGAGUAAUAUCAUUGACGGAGAUCAUACAGAAGCUGUUUUGCAGCCCCUUUAGGAAAUAGAAAUCAAAAAUUAUGAAUAAACAAUCAUGCUUAAAGCUUAAUUGAGUUAAAAAUUGACACGGAUGUUAAUAAUUUAACUUUUUUAAAUUUAAUUAUAAGAUUCUCUUCCAAAUUUAAGCGUUUUAUUUUAGAAAGCCAAGUGAGUCAUAGAGGUCAUCGUUUAUACAGCAUAUUUUGAUAAAAUUCUAUUUGGGAUGUUUUUUCAAAUUUUCUAAACUAUUGGUUUUUUCAGAAUUUUCCAAAUUUGUCAAAUCUGCAAAAUUAAGUACACGUGGAAAAUUAGAAAAUUCAGCAAUUCGUCAAAUUUUAAGCCAGAGUAAGUAGAACGCGAUUUCCUUCCCUUAAAAUAUUUAACUGUCUCCAUCAAUCAUAAAGGAUAUCAAUGUAAGUGUACCUUGUAUGAAUAUUUCAUAACGAAAGUGUAGUUUAUUUUGGUAACAUUUUUACGCCAUUCCUGCAAAUUAAUACCUGUGAAAUUAACCCGUCAAAAUGACUACCAUUAAAAAACAAUGUGCGUUGUUAAAAUAAUAAAAUGAUUUAGUUUUUAAAAAGACAAUAAUGGUACGAACAUGCAAAGAACAGAUGGUAACAACAUUCAACUUGCAUUGUUAUACAUUCUAGCUGUUAAGAUUUAUAUUUUGAAAAUUAUACAAAACAAGAGCGAGACAAUCUUUUUAUUUCCCACAAAAGAUUUAUUCUGUGGGGUUCGAUGAACUCAUUAUAAAUAUUACAAAAUCGCAAAUGAUCAAUUACCUUGACAUCACCUUUAAAAAAUAAAAUAGAUCCUGUGAUUAAGUAUAUUUUGCCUAUAUAGCUUUCAGAGAUACUAAUUCAUUUUCAAUUUCAACCACAACAAAAUUUUUUUUUAAUGUUAAUUUUACUAACAUUGUCAUUAAAUAAUUUUAACCGCCCGCGAAAAAAAAGUUGCGUUCAUAUAAAAGACCGUUGAACGCUAUCUAGGAAUCUUGAUAAAUUCUUUUAAAAAACUUUAUCGGUGAUGAUAAGGAGUUAAAUCAUCAAUGUCCUGCAUAUUCACAUCGAUAUCUGGUGCUGAUAUUAACAGUCUAGCACAUUCAAUAUAUAUAUCAACCACGACACGCAUAAUGUAAAAGUGUUUCAUUGAAAAUGUUUCGUACAUUCACAUCAAUGUGGUACCAACAACAACAACUUCACACAUUCAAUAUGGCCACCACAAGAUGCAUCAUGUAAUGGUGUGUUUUUAUUACUGUUAACAUUGUUAAUAUUUGUCACGUCAUGACUAAUUAAAACUUUUAAACCAUCAUGAUGACCAUCACCUGCACAGGCGUGAUAUGCAUUCCAGUUGUUUUUAUUUACAUCAUUCACAUCACUACCAGCAUCAAUUGAACAUUUUACUAUUGAUGGUCUGUUGUACCAUGCAGCUUCCAUAAGCAGUGUAGCUACUUCCACAACCGUCCAUCAUUUCAACGAUAUCUGGAUCAUCAAUAAGAAUUGAUUGAAAUUUCUUGGGAUCACCUUUUUUAAUAAUUUCAACAAUUUCUAAACACGAAUUAUAUAAAUACAAACAGUAAUUCGGAAUAAUUCGAAAUAAGAAUGAAAUAAAUAAAAAAUAGAUAUAGAAUACUGAGUGUCGCAUUAUGCGUAUUCCUACAUUUUAUGCUUACCAUUCGAUAGCAAAGGAAAAGUAAAAACAAGUUAUCCAUCCGAAGAAAAGUCAUUAAGUAUAACUUAUCCGGCGAUCAUUGCCGAACAUUUUUUCCCUUACUUUUAAAAAAUCAUGUCGUUUUUCCUGCAGCAUGUAUCUUGGGCGUUUUUGACUUAUAGGCAAUGGCACGUUUUAGUUUUUGUCAAAAUUGUAAGUAUUUAAAACGACAUACCAAAAUUGAUGUGAUAUAAAACCUUGAUCUUUAUGUUAGUACUGUUUUUUGUUCAAAUCAACAAAAUUUAGAUUUCUUUGUGAUCUAAAAAAAUGGAUAAAGCUGGACUGCUCUGGAUAAAAAAGACAUGCCGAACAUUACGGUCACAAUAUUUUUUUUAAUACCUUUGUUAAAAUUUGCCUAAAUAUUAAAACUUAAACUUGAACUUAAAGCAUGGUACACAAGAACGAACAACGCGGAAAGUGAGAAUCAAAACGUCAUUUUGUGUCAUGUGAAAUAAACUGUCGCGGGGCAAGUGGGUAAUUAUUUCGUAUUUUAACACUUGUGUACAACUCUUUCUCCAAAUUGUUGGAUAAACUAAAGUUUAUCAUAUCUAAUAUUCGAAUUUUUAUAAUUUUUCCUACAGCCUAUUUUGCACUCAAUUGCGCUUUUGUAAAAGUAUUAAUCGAAGGCGUGUUGUUUUAAACUGGUUUGUUUUCUUCUUACUUUUUAAAAGUCUUUUCGCGAUUUGUAAGACUACGAGUUAGUAUAAUGAUACAGGGUUCAAAUAAAACAGCAAAAAUUGCUUUUUUUUCUCUUUUUGAACGGAUGUUGAACAAGUUUUGACAAACUAACAAGAAGAAGAACGAAACAUUUAAUAUACAUUACAACAGGUGAAUUAUACACUUUGGUUUAAAAGUAUAUACGUGGAAAAGUUGAAGGAUAUAUAUAUAUAUAUAUAAAUUUUUUUGCUACAGAAUUCUUCGAGUAUACUUAAAAGACAUUGUAUUUUUGGAAUAUCAAUCCAUACUCUUUUGUCCCAGAAAAUUAAUUAUUCUUUAUUUACCUGGGUAAGUUCAUGUAGGCAAAAUAAUUAUUUCCAAAUUAUUUAUUUUAUAUCUCUAUAAUAAUAGCCGUCGUCUGUCUGUCUCUGCGCGGACUCCCGCCAAGUUAGAAAAUGAUGUUACGGAAACACGAAUAUCAAAUGCGAUAUAUUUUUAUCCACUUUGUGGCGGCGGGUAAAUAAAAAGGACAGACGAACCCGUGGAUUUUUCCACCGGCAACGACUAGUCUAUUUAAUAAAAGCCGUAUCGGUGUGUUCAAAAUGGUUGUUGGCAGCUGCAUUCCGGAUCUCCCGCAGAGUUGAUAAUUUGCUAAUUUGCUGCCGUGGAUUUUUUCACGGAUUUAACGACUUGUCUCUUUAAUAAUAGCCGUAUUCAUUUAAAAAUGGCUGCACUGCUUCUUUUUUUCGGAAAACCCACAGCGCAGCAGCUGUAUUUGAGACUCCCUGCAGAACCUCAUUACUGACUAUGUGAUCAAUCACAAGCCAAAUGUUUAUGAAUAUCCAACUAUGAAGUUUUUGGCGGCUCCGACAUUCUGACAAAGGAAUCUAAGCUAGCGUGACGGCGGUCAAUUUGAAUGCUGUGGCGUUAGGACUGGUUGGUCUGUUUUUUGGUGAUCUUUUUAUACCUGUAUUUGUAAUACUUAUAAUAUUUGAGUUUUAUACGUUAACAUAUUAGGAAAAAUAUAUUGUAACGUUUUCUAACCAUAUAUAAAUCUUAUUAAAAACCUA